GGAGCAAUCCUGCCAAACGUGAUGACGAAGCAGAUCGUCCAUUUCGCCGCAACGAAGAACUCGCCGGCAAGUUUCGUGAUGACUGGACGUCUGGCAAAAUCGAUUCGGCGGCGACGGAGACGCUAAUCGAAACAUUACGCUCCGGUUCGAAUGACGAUGCCUGUGAUCAAGUCGUGCAGUUGAUCAACCAAGGUAUACAUCCACAAGUGAUUUGGGAUGCACUUCACGUCGUUGCUGGAGAAAUGGUGAUGCAGCAACCAGCGAUUGUUCCUUUGCACAGCGUGACCACGACGAACGCUCUCCGUUAUGCUUAUGAGACAUGCGGGGACGAUGAAACUCGCCGCAUGUUGAUGCUGCAGAAUGCUGCGUUUCUGCCAAUGUUUCGAAGUGGUAUGCGCGGCCGUGGAGGUGUCAGCGAAGUGAACGUAGGCAAGCUCGAUCCACACAAACCGACCGGUGAUACCGAGGAAUCGGUAGAAGAGAUCUUUGCCACGCUUGGAACCGAUCCGAUGCAGGCAGCCCAAAUGACGCUUGGCUACCUGCGAGAUCCAGAGAACCACUCCGCCAAAGCAAAGCAGCUUAUCGAUGCAGCCAGAGUGCUCGUUUUCCGUAAGGGAACCAACGCCCAUGACUACAAGUUUAGUUCGGCGAUUUUGGAGGAUUACUACCAUGUAUCGCCGCAAUGGCGCGACACCUACUUGGCAUCCAACAUAUUUCUGCUGCGGGAUUCAAAACGAGCCGACAAUCAGCUUGUCCAGAGGAUCCAGUCGGCUCUGGCAUAG